AUGUCCGAUAACCACGACUACCUUGUGCAAGUCCCCAUUAAGACCGGUGCGCUUAAAGACUGGGCCUUGCAUUAUGAUGCGCACGUGGCACACUUGAAGCCAUACAUUCUCGAUGGGACCAUCGUUUUCGGCGGCCCAACCCUCGCUGCGCAUCCCAGAACUGCCGAUGAUCCGAUAGAGGCGCGUAGUAGCGUAUUGAUGUUCCAUGCGACCACCGAGGCCCGAGUUCGGGAAAUUAUAGGGAACAAUCCAUUUGCCGAUGCGGGCAUGUGGGAAAUGGAGAAGCUUGUUGUCGCACCGUUCAAAUGUGGAGUUAGGACCGCCAUGUGA